GUAGUGACUCGCGCGUCCUGUGGCCGCCCACAGAGAAGAAGUCGAGCCUGUUGUUGCCGUCACUGACACCAACUUGUAAGUUUGUUAGCUUACAAAGUAGCCAAUUUAGAAAGAAGAGGUGGCCUCAGUCGCUGAAGGCUGAAAUAUGCGACGAGGGGAGCAUGCUCCGCAGGCGUUCCAGGCCCCUGUGGACGUCCACGCCAGCGCGGAUGGUCAGGUUUACAUGUUCAACAGUAAGGCCAACGAGUCGGCUACGUCGUCGGACGAAGAGGAGAUGGAGAUGAGACCCCGAGCAUGCUUUGAACCGGAACAGGACCAGCUGAGGAACGUCCACUUGUUGGAACGGAAAGUGUCGUACGAUGACAAUCUCAACAAGCUGGCAUUGCAAUAUGGCUGCAAGGUGGCAGAUAUCAAGAGAGUAAACAACCUCAUCCAGGAGCAGGAUUUUUUUGCACUGAAAUCUAUAAAAAUCCCGGUCCCCAAGCACAGCUUUUUAACAGAGACGUACGUCGACUCUCAAGAAGAAGCUCCGAGUUCCACUUGUACGCCUCAGGAGUGGAACCCAGCCCGGCCGUAUCGACACAAAGUCAAAAACUUUCUCGUGGAGGUGGACGACGACGUGGAGAACUUGAUUCAGAUGACAGACGAUCAGGACGAGGAUUUAUUGGAUGACAAACCCAAAAGUUUGGGUCUCAGGGGACCGAAGCUAAAGGGUCUUGGUGCGGACUGUGGCAUCCAGUGGUGGAACGCCGUGGUCGCCAUGCUCCUCAUCGGCAUCGUCCUACCCUUGUUUUAUGUCAUUUACUUAAAAACAAAACACAGUGGGGCAACCUCACCACCAGAUGGCAGCAUUGCGUCGUCUAUCAUGUCUUCUAACAGCUCAGGGACUAUCGUUGGUACCAGUGGACCUCCCCACUCCCAAGAACCAGGAUAGACACUUUAACAUCAAGUGCGACAGAAACAUUUGUGCUUUUGGUUUUAAGUUUGUAAGUUUUUGCAUGUCUUCAAUUUCAUUUGACACAGGAAUGUUUUUUUCGCUAAUCAGAAAUUUCUAAAAUGGUUAAAAAAAAAUCAUCUUGCCUUUUUUCUGCAACGUAAGUUUAUUCAGUGUUUAUUUAUUAAUUUUUCUCAUUUUAUUUUUGUCAUCCCUGAAUUCAGAGCCAAGAGUGUGAGCAGUGUUUACAAUAGUAAUGCAGUGCAAUAAUAAUAAUAAUUGUGACUUGGACAGUACCUUUUAGACCACAAGGUAUUUAUGAAACAUACAGGUGAAAUAUUGGAAAUCUUGUGCAAAAGUUAAUUCAUGUCAGCAUUUCAACUUUUGAAUGUGAAACCAAUAUGUAAUACAAACUCAUUACAUGCAAAGUGAGAUAUGUCAAGCCUUUAUUGAUGAUCAGAAUGAUCCGUUUUUGAAAACCCAAAGUUUUAAGCCAUAAUCAUAAAAAGUAUAUCAAAAGAAGACUUGGAAUAUCUUGAGUUGCAUGUUAUGAGCCCACGUCAUAUUUUAAUGUGUACCUUGUAAAUCUAAUUGCUGGAAUAAAUUAACCUUUGCGCGAUA